AUACCUUAAUUUAACAGCUUUUGCGAGGCCUAAUCCAGGCUCAUGCAGAAGACUGGCUCAUUGCGUGUAGGCAGUGCAAGACCACCUGAUCUAGUACAAGGCAAUUCUUAGUGUUGUAUUUUUAUUUGUAAAUACUAGUUUCCUUUACUGUGUUUAUAUUUGGGAGACACUGUAUUAAGCCACUGAACUAAGGCUUCAUUUGGCAAAUUUGGAUGUCCUUUGCCAAGCAUCAUGGCAAGCACUAAGCAUUCAGUGGUGACAAAAUCACUGGUUCCCGCUUUCACUGAACAGUCUCGUCAAAGAUAAUGACAUGGUGACACAAAAAUGUAGAAGUGCCAUGAUGGAGUAACAUGGUUGAUGACAGGUAUAAAGGCCAUGACUCAGGUUAUGACCUAGUCAAAAUGAUCAGGAAAGACUGGUGAAAGGGAUAAUUGAACUAAGACUUGACGGAUUAGGAGUAAUUAGGUAGAGAAGUGGAGAGAAGAGCACGUCCAAAGGUACAAUCUCCAGUGACUGAGAAGGCUAUCUGCUCAAGUGGGAGGAGCUGUGGGUUUUCGUAGUUAGUGGCUGAAGAAAUAGGUAAAGGGUACUAUAGAUGGCUUUAUAGUUAUGUUCCAUGUUAAGUUCUGUCUCUUAACAGUUGGAACUAUAAAGGUUUCUAAACUGUGUGUGUAUGGGGCCAGGGGUGGUUAAAGGAUGGUCACCUAAUAAAAUUUGCCAUUUAAAGAAUACAAAAUGCAGUGUUGAGAACAAAAUGUAUGGGGCAAGACAUGUCUGUUGGAGCAGCCCAUGUGAGAAAUGAUUACAACAUAAAGUGGAGGGCGGUAGUGAAUGGAUUCUAAAUGUUUCCUGUCUCACUGGCCACUCAGUAAUAGUUAUCAUUUACUGGGUAAUCUAGGCUUCAGUUGUGAGACGAUCUCUAGCUACAGUCUUUCCUAGGUGAUCUCAUCUAAUCCCGGGACUUUGAAUACAAUCACUAUUUCAGUCACUCCGAAAUACUCCUAGGUCCCAAACUCCCCAAAACUCCAGUCCUAGUCAGUAUCUCAAUUUGAAUGUCUUGAGAUUCCAAAUUAAUCUCUCAAUUAACUUGUAUUUGCUUAGGAUAAAUACUUUGGCUAUCAUUUGUUUUUCUUUCAUACCCUGUAUCUAGUCCUUAAGCAACCUAGAUGGUUCUACCUUGGCAGUGUAUCCCGAGUCCUGUAGCACUUCUAACCACCACUACCACUAGCUGAGAGUGGCUAGCGACUGUGGCUUACAGUGGCUGGCUGCUGCUCUUGUCCUGCAGUGAUUUUUGCACAGCAGCCAAGAAUGAGCCUUUGCUGAGGGCAAGUCGGAUUUUGUCACUUCCCAGUUCCCCAAACUCCUUGCUUUCCCAUCAUGCCUAGAAUUCUAAAGUUUGGUCUGUGUGCAUUCAUCAUUUGGCCUAAUUUCCUACCACUUUGUUCUUGCUCAUUGUAAUCUGGCUACAUUGGCUGCUUUGCCACCUUGCCAAGAUUUUUCCCAUCUAGAAAUCUACGUGUUACAUCUUAAGGGUGGGAAGGCUUUUCACUCAAAUAUUCUUAAUGCUCAUUCCUAAAUUCAGGUGUUUUGCUCAUGCUCCAGUGUCAUUACCUCAGAGGCCUUCCAUGGCCACCACUAAAACAUAAUCCUUUGUCACUGUUUACUUACUGGAUACUUUUUUCUUAACAGCACUUAAAACUUAGAAUUCAUGACUGACAGGAACAUUUUGGUCACUUGAUCCCUUGUGUCUGGUAUAUUGACAUUUUUGAGUGAAUUAGAAAAUGAUGGAUAUUGGACUAAAUGGGUGGUGGUGAUGAUAACAUUAGAAUUGGGAGUGUCUUGAUUUGGGGAAGGAGUUUCAGUGAGGAAGAUAAGUUCGGCUUCAGACAUUUUGAAUUUGAGGGAUCCGAAAAGUGUCAAGCAAGCAGUUGGGAUUACGAUCUGGCUCAAAGACAAGAAUGUGUAAGAAUAUAUAUGUGGUUCUUGUGCUUGGGCGAGUUUCGCCUGGGAGCUGGUGGGGGGUGAGGAAGAAAGGAGGUGAAGUAAUUUAGCAAGAGCAGAGCCCCAGAGCUGGUUUUCAGAAGAGCGCCGUCAUUUGAUGGCCAGAUAAGGCCUAAAGGGAGCUUACAAAAUGCCCACACUGGUGGGUAGAAACCACACUGAAUUCUCGACAGGUCUACAGGAUCAUUUCUGCAGGUGUGGAGGGUCAAGUGAGAGGAGUCAAACAGGUCUGCUGGUAGAGUUUCCUCAUUUUGUCAUAUUAAAGUGGGAAGUUAAUAAAAGAAUCGGUAAAAUUAACGCCCAGAUCCCUGGAGUCGGUCGUCUCGUAAAACUAGGCUAACACACAACCCUGGACCACUUACCGUGUGCUGCCCCGGACCCAUCUGGGAACCCGGGCUCGCCCCAGCACAGUGGCAGGAGCUGGGGGUGCGGACACCAGUACGCUUAUUUUGCCCUUCGAAGCCAGGGUUUUUUGAGUCUGAUGUGAGGCAAAUCGCACCCGGCACCACAGCUGUCCCAAGCAGAGGUUAAAUGCUAAAGCCGCGCUAAGGAUUUGGGCUGCAGCUCCGCCUCCCGGGCCUCUGACGUCAUCACGCGGAGACCUGGUUGAGGAAGGUCCCCGCACGUGCGUCACGCCGUGCCGUUCGUGCGCUUGCGCGCACGCCGCUUUCUAGGGCCUCAGCCGGACGAGCGUGGCAGAGCGAGGCCAACUUUGAGAGCGCGCGGUCAGGCAUCCGCUAGGGGCAGCCCGCCGCUUCCUCCUGGCUGCUGGAGUAAUUCGGUUCCCCACGUGCUUCCGCUUGUCUGCUGGCUGGGAUCCGCUGGGCUCGGGGCGCAGUGGUAGUCUUUCACCAUGCAUCGGAAGAAAGUAGAUAACCGAAUCCGGAUUCUCAUUGAAAAUGGAGUUGCUGAACGGCAAAGGUCUUUGUUUGUUGUAGUCGGAGACCGAGGAAAGGAUCAGGUGGUCAUACUCCAUCACAUGUUGUCCAAAGCAACCGUGAAGGCUCGGCCUUCAGUGCUGUGGUGUUACAAGAAAGAGCUGGGGUUUAGCAGUCACCGGAAGAAAAGAAUGCGACAGCUCCAGAAAAAAAUAAAGAAUGGGACAUUGAACAUAAAGCAAGAUGACCCCUUCGAACUGUUCGUGGCGGCCACAAACAUUCGCUACUGCUACUACAAUGAGACCCACAAGAUCCUGGGCAACACUUUCGGCAUGUGCGUCCUCCAGGAUUUUGAAGCUUUAACUCCAAAUUUGCUGGCCAGAACUGUGGAAACAGUGGAAGGUGGUGGGCUGGUGGUCAUCCUCCUACGGACCAUGAAUUCACUGAAGCAGUUGUACACGAUGACCAUGGACGUGCAUUCAAGAUACAGAACUGAGGCCCAUCAGGAUGUGGUGGGAAGAUUUAAUGAGAGAUUUAUUCUCUCUCUGGCCUCUUGUAAGAAGUGUCUUGUCAUCGAUGACCAGCUCAACAUCCUGCCCAUCUCCUCGCACGCUGCCAGUAUUGAGGCCCUACCUCCCCAGACCCCGGAUGAGAGUCUUGGUCCUUCUGACCUGGAGCUGAAGGAGUUAAAGGAGAACUUGCAGGACACCCAGCCGGUGGGCGUGUUGGUGGAUUGCUGCAGGACCCUAGACCAGGCCAAAGCUGUCUUAAAGUUCAUCGAGGGCAUCUCUGAAAAGACCCUGAGGAGUACUGUCGCACUCACGGCUGCCCGAGGAAGGGGGAAGUCUGCAGCUCUGGGAUUGGCUAUUGCUGGGGCAGUGGCUUUUGGGUACUCCAAUAUCUUUGUUACCUCCCCAAGCCCUGAUAACCUCCACACUCUGUUUGAAUUUGUCUUUAAAGGAUUUGACGCGCUGCAAUAUCAGGAGCAUCUGGAUUAUGAGAUCAUUCAGUCUCUCAAUCCUGAAUUUAACAGAGCUGUGAUCAGAGUGAAUGUAUUCCGAGAACACAGGCAGACCAUUCAGUAUAUACAUCCUGCAGAUGCUGUGAAACUGGGUCAGGCCGAGCUGGUUGUGAUUGAUGAAGCCGCUGCCAUCCCCCUGCCCCUGGUGAAAAGCCUCCUGGGCCCGUACCUUGUGUUCAUGGCAUCCACCAUCAAUGGCUACGAGGGCACUGGCCGGUCCCUGUCCCUCAAGCUGAUCCAGCAGCUCCGUCAGCAGAGUGCCCAGAGCCAGAUCAGCACCACCGCUGAGAACAAGGCCACAGCGACAGCCAGACUGGCAUCAGCACGGACCCUGCAUGAGGUCUCCCUGCAGGAGUCCAUCCGAUACGCCCCCGGGGACGCGGUGGAGAAGUGGCUGAAUGACCUACUGUGCCUGGAUUGCCUCAGCAUCACCCGGAUAGUCUCAGGCUGCCCCCUGCCCGAGGCCUGCGAGCUCUACUACGUUAACAGAGAUACCCUCUUUUGCUACCACAAGGCCUCUGAAGUUUUCCUGCAAAGGCUUAUGGCCCUCUGUGUGGCUUCUCACUACAAGAACUCUCCCAAUGAUCUCCAGAUGCUUUCUGAUGCACCUGCUCACCUUCUCUUCUGCCUCCUGCCCCCGGUGCCCCCCACCCAGAAUGCCUUGCCCGAAGUGCUUGCUGUCAUCCAGGUGUGCCUUGAGGGGGAGAUUUCUCGCCAGUCCAUCUUGAACAGCCUGUCUCGAGGCAAGAAGGCUUCGGGGGACCUGAUCCCGUGGACGGUGUCGGAACAGUUCCAAGACCCAGACUUCGGCGGCCUUUCAGGUGGAAGGGUUGUUCGCAUUGCUGUUCAUCCGGAUUACCAAGGGAUGGGCUAUGGCAGCCGAGCCAUGCAGCUGCUUCAGAUGUACUUCGAAGGCAGAUUCCCUUGUCUUGAGGAAAAUGUCCUUGAGACGCCACAAGAAAUUCACACCGUCAGCAGCGAGGCCGUCAGCUUGUUGGAAGAGGUCAUCACUCCUCGGAAGGACCUGCCUCCCUUACUCCUCAAACUGAACGAGAGGCCUGCUGAGCACUUGGAUUACCUGGGUGUGUCCUAUGGCUUGACCCCUCGGCUCCUCAAGUUCUGGAAACGAGCUGGGUUUGUUCCUGUUUAUCUGAGACAGACCCCGAAUGACCUGACUGGGGAACACUCAUGCAUCAUGCUGAAGACACUGACUGAUGAGGAGGAGGCUGACCGGGGAGCAUGGCUCCCCGCCUUUUGGAAAGACUUCCGAAGGCGGUUCCUAGCCCUGCUGUCCUACCAGUUCGGCACCUUCUCUCCCCCCCUGGCUCUGAACAUCAUUCAGAACAAGAACAUUGGGAAGCCAGCACAACCAGCGCUGCGCCGGGAGGAACUGGAAGCCCUCUUCCUCUCCUAUGACCUGAAGAGGCUGGAGAUGUACUCACGGAACAUGGUGGACUACCAUCUCAUCAUGGACCUGAUCCCGGCCAUCUCCCGGAUGUAUUUCCUCAACCAGCUGGGGGACCUGUCCCUGUCUGCUGCCCAGUCAGCUCUUCUCUUGGGAAUUGGCCUACAGCAUAAGUCUGUGGACCAGCUGGAAAAGGAGAUCGAGCUGCCCGCAGGCCAGCUGAUGGGACUUUUCAACCGGAUCAUCCGCAAAGUUGUGAAGCUGUUCAGUGAGGUGCAGGAACGGGCCAUUGAGGAGCAGAUGGCGGCAGUGAAGGACGUGCUUAUGGAGCCCACUGUGAAGACCCUCAGUGAUGAUUUGGAUGAGGCAGCGAAGGAAUUCCAGGAGAAACACAAGAAAGAAGUGGGGAAGCUGAAGAACAUGGACCUCUCUCAAUACAUAAUCCGUGGGGAUGACGAAGAAUGGAAUGAAGUUUUGAACAAAGCCGGGCAGAAUGCCUCCAUCGUCAGCCUGAAGAGUGACAAGAAAAGGAAGCUGGAAGCCAAACAAGAUCCCAAACAGAACAAAAAGUUGAAGAAAAACAGAGACAUGAAGAACAAAAAAGAUCUGAAACUGAAGCGGAAGAAAUAGGAGCGUGGGCAUCAGCGGCUGACGCGUAAGGAGAGCCCCCCCGACUUCCCGAGCUGUCUCCGGCAGGGCCCGACGGCGGCGGCCUAGACUGUCAAAGGCAAUGAGAGCCCCCGCCAGACCCGGAAGCUGGCCAGGAAUUCAGUCCGUGGGCUGAGCUUGGCUUAAGGCAACGGCACUUCCUUGCCGGUCCACCUAGAACUCGACACUUGGGCAAACCUCUGGCACUGCCGAGGGCCUGUCUCCCCUCCCGCACGCCUGGCCUUCUCCCCCCCCGUAGGUUCCUGUUUUGCUCUGGGCCCAGCUGUAUUAGCUCCUUCUCACACCUAUGGAAGCCACACUGACUCUUUCCCGUCUCAGGAUUAAACACACAGCUUUCUGGUGACGCGUAGGAGGCCACUAGUUGAGCCCUGGGUCUCUCAUCAGGGCCUUGUCCGGACGCCCUGAGGCCUAGAGCAGCAGCGGUAGCUCUAACCAGGUGGCUGCGGCAGGUCACUGUUCUGUGCCCUGGGCUUCGCUCUGCCGUAAACCGUCCCACUCCUGGCUCCGCAGGCCUGCGGCCCCAUGGCCCAGAAAAGCCUGAGCUCUUAAUUUAAGAAUAGGACCUUGAGUCCCCAAAUCUGUUACUUAAUCUAUUUGGGAAAAAAUGUUGGGCAAGACCUUUUUGCUAGCAGGGGUGAGGGAGGGAUAGAAAAUCUAUUUUUAAUAAAUAAGCCAGAAAGAGCAACUGCCUCUGGGUGCUCAUUGACUCCACGAAGGUGGAAGUUGCCCCUCUGCCUGUUUCUUGUGGAUCUUGGCUGCUGGGUAGAAUCUGGAAGGUGUUGGUGCCAAGGCCAGGGGAAGGCAGUGGCCAUGCUUAACCAACCCGGAGCCUGCGGGAGAAGUGGCCAGCACCAGCCGUGCUUGCUGUGGUCCUUCUGAGGGAUGAGCUGUGGCACCUGGAAGCUAGCUGGCCGUGCUUUUCCCCCCGCAUUCCUGUCAGGAGACAGGAAUUGGGGACAGAAAUUAGGUGGUGGCUUCACACAAACUUUGGUGUGUGUGUUUGAUGGUAUCCCUUUCUGGUUCCAAGAAGCCUUGAUCCUGAAGGGCCUCUGCCGGUUUCUGUAGGAUUGUUCCUUAUCCCUGUCCCUGGUACAAGCAUGGCUCAAGGUGGAAGUCGGCUCACGUGUGCUCUUGUUCUGAUCUGCCGUUUCCCGGUGCCACGCACGGGAGCUGAGGGCAGUCCUGCACAGCUCCCUGGCUGCAUCAGUCUUCAGCUUCCAUGCUCGCUCUUCUUUUUAUCUGGAAAAUUCACAUGGAGCCCUUGGUUACUGAUGUGCCUUGGUUUUUCAUAGAAUUUAAAAGGACUGGUCUUCCAUGAGUCCAAAGACCCUUUCCUCUGCCAUGAUGUGUAAUCCAGUUUCCACGAAGUCUGACAUGGCAGGGAAGGAAGGGGAGCUUCUGGACCAAGGAGGAUUAAAGGCAUACUGCCCAGGACUCACACCCACAGCAAGGAGGGCAGAUUCUGUCUGGACUAGGGACCCCUGCAUCUUGUCCACACAGGCCUCGGGGCCUUUCGUCUCCUGGAUCUGCAGGUUCCUGCCCGCAGACCCCCCGUGUCAGGUCUGCAGGAUGGUGUGCUGAGAGGGGCAACGAGACUAAUUUUUGACCUUUUUUCAGCCACAGGCUGAGCUGAAGAGUCCCACUUGGGCAGCGAGAAGAUGCACCUGGCGGUCAGACCUGUUGGGCUGUCGGCUUCCAACAAGGUUGUCCUUCAUCUCUGAGGCCGCCUUGCCCUCUGCACGCAAAGAGGAAGCUACAUUUGCCUACUACCUACAGUCCCGGCCCAUUUCCUGGCAAAGCGUAUGUUCUUAAACAGGUCUCUGCACUUGGGGGUUGUGAUCUUGGGUUCUCUGAACCUGACUGACAAAGCACACCUCCCCCAGACCUCGCCAUCUGGCCCCCAGACAGAGUGACAUCUGUAAAGCUAAGCUGUCUCGGGAAAUGUCACUGGCGAAAUGAAUUCAGAAAGGCUGGCUAUGAAUGCUGUCACCCGGACGGGAAGGGGCUCAAGAAGCCUGAACAAAGAAGAUGCCUAAAUGGGCUCCAUCCCCCUGAGCCGGGAUGGGGCUCCCGCCGGCCUGCUCCAGGGCUUCACCGCUCAUCUGGCCCCUGCCGCCCCAGAGGACUCGAGUGACCAGGAGUUGGACACAAAGGGCUGUGGAGGCUGGGGGAGGGGAGGAAAUAAGUGACCGCCACCUUGGAAAAAUGUGGACUCAUUAUCUGAGGGCCAUUGCCCCAGCCGCCUGCUCGCAGGCCUCAGUGGGCGGGUCAGGCCUCAGCCUGGGGCGGGGGGGGGGAGGGGAUGCCCCGUUCUGUGGGCAGCUGGUUAAAGGGGAAAUGUGUGGAUUUGGGGUGGCUGCUGAUGGAAGGCCCGAGGCUCUCCUGUGGUGCUGUAGGUGGUUCAGCUGAGGAGAACGUUGCCGUGGUUCUGGCGUCUGGCUGGCACUGGGAAACCAGCAGAGAGCAAAGUUAAGGGGAAGGAGGAGUGGGGGCAGGAAGGCAGGCGACCCUCAUGUCUGGAGAGGGUUUCCUUUGCGGACAAGGCCCAGGCUCCAGCUGCUGUCGUUGCCUGCAGGGCGGCUGUGGGAGACUGAAGUCCCUCUGGUACAGAACUUGCUUUCAGCCCGUUUCCCUGGGACUCUGCGAAGGCCAAGUUCACUUUCUCUCCUGCAGCCUGCCUUUGGCUGCCAGAGCCUGAAGUGGGCAGCUAGAGGAGAAAUGGACCCCAUGCUCUGGAGCAGUGGCCCCGAGGAGGAGACCCAGCCACCAGGGAUAAGGUGGCACAGACCAGCUUGGGCUCAGCUGGGCUGGAGACAGCAGCCGCCGAGGGACAGGUGCCGCCUCCUCAGGGGGCGGAGGCCCUGCCUCCACCUCACCGGGCCUCACAAGGGUUUGCAGAGAACCAUUAUGACAACCCCAAUGGUAGUUCCCACGUGAGGGCGCUGGGGGUGGCCUGGGCUCAGAGAAGAUCCGAAAAGCCCCUGACAGCCAUCUUACUCCUGGCAGGGGGCUCCCGGCCCUCCACACAAACACCUUUUCUGUCCUCAUAAAUGGCACCUAAGUGCUUAACAGAGGAGAAAGAUUUUAUAUCCUCAGCUACCUUGUUUGACAGGGGUAGUGUGUGUGUGCGCGUGUGUGUGCGCGUGCGUGUAUGUAUGUAUGUAUGUAUGUAUGUAGGGGGAGUCCUAACCCAGCUUGGGGCUGGAGGCCCGAGUAACUAACCAGGGAAUUAGCCCUGGGUUCUCUUCCCCAGCUCUGAGCAACUCCCUAGCAGGAGUGACAAGGCCUUGGUCAUUGUUAACAAGUGUUUGUUUAUUGUUAAUAAAACCCUGGUACAUUUACAAUAAGUGACAUUAAUGUACAGUUACAGUAUCAUACAUUAUUACAGCAAUAAAAUAACGCCUAUUCCUUUGUACAUCCAGCUCAAGCAGCUAGUCAAAAAAUAUUUUCCAAGAUUGCAAGCCCCUGGGGGCUUUUCAAGGUAACCAAAGUGACACCUCCUGAAGUGCCCAGGGCUCUUGGUGAAUAAAUAGUUUCUAAGGUGCAGCCAGACAGCCUGAAGAAGGUGACCCCCAGAACAAGCUGUCCGGAUGCCCCCCCAGUGUCUGGUCCGUAAAUACGACAGGCGUCGGGGCCACGGCAUGUCCUCUGCUCCCCCCAAUGCCCCACCCCUUCCACCCCCGGACCCGCGGUUCCCACGAGAAGUGCCCUGCUCUAGAGACCCAGCCAGGGCGACACGGAGGGAUCUGCUUCCCGAGCCCCCGGAGGCUGCCUCACUCUAGGCUUGGGGUUUCAGGAUUGGCCUCUAGAAGCAGCAGGAACAAAAGCUGUGGCCAGCAGACUCGUCCGUGGACCCUGGGCACUCCCAUGCCACCUCCAGCUCGGCCUGGAAGUCCCAGGGUGUCAGCUGGGAGAACCGCCUUCUCGCACUAACAGAGCAGGGGUGUGCUCCUCCAAAGGACGGCCUCUGUAGGCCUAGACACCAAAGAAAAUAGGACUGUAAGUGACCCUCUGGGCAGGGAUCUUCAGGCCCUUGGAGGCUCACAUCACAAAGGCAUAGCCUUGAGGAAGAAGUUCAAGGAUUUGGGCAGCCUUUCUGAUGUGACCUUGAGGAAAAAUACCAGUUUCGGCAUGAAGUGGCCUGGGGCCCAGGGUGUAAGUUCUCUACCUCCAUCAGGAUGCCCAUACCGCCAAGGGCCCCAGCUGGCACAGUCUGAGCUUGGGGAGGCCUGGGGACUGUGGGUGGUCAGAGCCUGGAAUGAAUGGUCAGAAGCUAUUUCAAGCGGGGGUGAAUCAGGAUCAAGCCCAGACCUCCAGGAGGGGAGAAGGGGCGCACGACGGUAAGUGCACCGUGGCCCUCAAGGUGCAAACAGUAUGGGGUCAGGAGUGGGGGGAGGGCCACCUUUUGGCCUUGUCUGCCCAACACUCAGGCAAACCACCCUGGGGCAGAGGGGUUGACGGUGGGGCCGCCCAGGGACAGGGGGCUCAGAGCACAUCAGCCUACCCAAGGACAGACUGACACCGGAGAGGGUGUCUGCGGAAUGAGGGGGAAACUGAGUCCCAUGAGCCUGGCUCACCAGUGCCCCCACCCCCGCAGCGGGGCUCUGACCCACCCACAGGCCCCAGGUAUGUACUUGUUCA